UUAUCCUUGGUAAUCCAGUUAUCCUUAGUAAUCUAGUUUUGCUUGGUUUUCUAGUAAUCCUUGGUAAUGUAGUUAUCCUUGGUAAUCUAUAUAUCCUUGGUUAUCUAGUUAUCCUUGGUUAUUUAGUUACCCUUGGUUAUCUAGUUAUCCCUGGUUAUCUAGUUACCCCUGGUUAUCUAGUUAUCCCUGGUUAUCCAGUUUUCCUUGGUUUUCUAGUUAUCCUUGGUUAUCCAGUUAUCCCUGGUUAUCCAGUUAUCCUUGGUUAUCCAGUUAUCCUUGGUUAUCUAGUUAUCCUUGGUUAUCUAGUUAUCCCUGGUAAUCUAGUUAUCCCUGGUUAUCCAGUUAUCCUUGGUUAUCUAGUUAUCUGUGGUUAUCUAGUUAUCCUCAGUAAUCUAGUUACCCCUGGUUAUCUAGUUAUCUUGGUAAUCUAGUUAUCCUUGGUUAUCUAGUUAUCCUUUGUAAUCUAGUUAUCUUGGUAAUCUAGUUAUACUUGGUUAUAUAGUUAUCCUUGGUUAUAUAGUUAUCCUUAGUAAUCUAGUUAUCCUUGGUAAUCUAGUCAUCCUUGGUAAUCUAGUUAUCCUUGGUAAUCUAGUUAUAUUUGAUAUGUAGUUAUCCUUGGUAAUCCAGUUAUCCUUAGUAAUCUAGUUUUGCUUGGUUUUCUAGUAAUCCUUGGUAAUGUAGUUAUCCUUGGUAAUCUAUAUAUCCUUGGUUAUCUAGUUAUUCGUUAAGGAACCUGCGCAUUCAGGUCCUGCUAUAGUGAGGCCAUCUUUGCCUCCGGUAAAUGAAGACUGGCUUCCUGAUCGCGAAAGAUACACUAUCUUGCCGUUCAUUUUGUUUCGUCCCCUUGAUCAGCUCCCUUUAAGUGUAAAAUGGUUAAGUUGUGACCAUACCUUCAAAGCUGCUAUGAACGUUGGUUAUUUUAGACAUAGUGAUAACAAAUGGAUUAACCAAUAUCGUUCGAUAUUGUGCAUUUUGAAUGAACUUGGACAGGUUCUUCAGUGGCAGUUGACAGCAUGUGAAGGUUUUGAAGAGUUUGAUGUAUGUUCAUGGACGUCAAGAAACGUUUGGAUAAGAAAGAUAUAUUAUACCUGAAAGCAUUUUCAUUGACAAUUGUUGUAAGUGGCGUGCAGCGAUUAAUAGUGUAUUUCCAGACAUUCCUGUCAAAUUGGAUUUGUUCCACGCAGUUCAGCGAAUUGUUAAAAAGAUUCCCAAAGGUCAAAAACUGAGCAAAGAUAUGGCAAACGACAUAGGCUUGAUAUUUCGACAUGGACAGGACAGGAAGUGUAAUACACCAAAACCAGCAGAUAUCGAGAAUUUUAGAAAAUUUGAGAAAAAAUGGAAAAAUCCUAAAUAUAAUGUGGUACAUGCAUAUUGAGUAAAGAGAUAGGAAAAGGAAUAAAGAAACUAAUGGUCCAUGUUGAAAAAGGUUGUUUAUCGGAUAUACCAGCAAGCUGCGGCACCUCAAAGAAUGAACACGCUUGCAUAAGGACAUGAACAAAUUUAUUCGUUCUAGUCGGUUAGGGGUUGAGCUUGCGUAUAAUAGUAUAUUCCGAACACAAUAUAUGCAUACCAAAAAAAAAAUUUAACAGCUACAACCAUGUACAAGCGUUGUACCUCUAUGGCAGAAGAAGAAUAUGACAGAUCUAUACUUGCAAAUUCCCAUUUGCAGGAAGACACAAAUUUGCUCGAAAGCGGACCUGUUAAUUGUGGAGUUUUUGGUAUCAGGCCAAAAGUGAAACAAUCUGAAGAUGAAAAAGGACCAAUACCAUAUGAAUGUGAGAGAAAGGUAAUAGGGUCAUGUAGAAAGGUAAUAGGGUUAUGUAGUCGCUCUUGCAAAUGUUCAGGUUAUUGUGGAGAUUCGGAGUGCCGAGAAUCAUUGAAAUCGCAAAAGGGUGUAACCAAAAGAACAUCGAGGAAAAGAGGGGCGCAUGAUAGAAAGAGUUCAUGAUUACAAAGAAAGAGAAGUUUGCAAAAGGAAAUCUCAAUGUCGCCGAGUUUUAUUUGUUGUGCACGAUAAUCAUUUUUACAUGCAUCGAUAUUGCCAUAAUGAUUAAAUCGUCAUCCAAUCUUUCCGUUCUAUCAAUUAGACAGUGGGAUAAAAGUGCCUUAAAUAAAAAAAUAGCGAAGAUAUUGAAAGAGGAGAAUAUUUUGACAGUUUUGCCGACAUUUCAGCGUAAAAUGAUGUAUAUGAUCUGGCACUGACAAAACUCUUGAAUAUUUACACUUGGAGUUGUUUCUGUGCAAUGUUUGAAAUUUACUUUACAAUGUUUGAAGUUUGCUUCGACUUUUUGCGUUUGCCAUGUUGUUAAUAGGUUGCUGACGUUGACGGUUAUCUCUUUCACAAUUCACCAGCUGAAUUUAAAAUGAUUGACGGUCAUUAA